UCUCUUGCAACACAACAUCAUUAGCUCCUCCAACUAUCUGCCUCUCCUGCAUUCUUGUCUCAGCGCUGUGUCGGCUCCUGCAACGCUGCUUCUAACUUCUUUGUCUGUGUUACUUAUAAGAAGGGUAGUGCGAAAGUACAGGAAACGUGUGUGCCGGCUCGAUCGAAUGGCUUCUUCAAAACUACAAGCCUUCUGGAACCACCCUGCUGGCCCCAAAACCAUUCAUUUCUGGGCUCCAACAUUUAAAUGGGGAAUCAGCAUAGCAAACGUUGCCGACUUUGCUAAGCCUCAUGAAAAGAUAUCCUAUCCACAGCAAGUAGUUAUUGCUUGCACUGGAAUUAUUUGGUCACGCUAUAGCAUGGUUAUCACACCGAGAAACUGGAAUCUUUUCAGCGUUAGCGUUGCGAUGUCCGGUACAGGCCUAUACCAGCUUUCUCGUAAAAUGAGGAAAGAUUACUUCUCGGGUGCGGAAAAGGAGGCCGCUGCUGCAUCACUGGAACUGGAAGUAUAGCAACGGCGACCGACUCGACUUAAUAAUCGACUGAAUAGGGUGCCUGGUGCCUUGGAGUCGGUUUCAGAUUCACUCUGGUCCGUGGAAUCCCAAUCUUUCGUUCCAUGUCAAAAUACAUUUAUUUCUCACUCGAUCACACCGGUGGGCAGGCAAGCCAAAGUAUUAUGAAAAAUCCAUGCAGCUUAAUAUUCGUGUACGCAACAUUAUAUCAUGUGCAAAAAAAGGACAUACAUAUUAAAUACACGAACCACCUGGAUGCCAU